AUGGAUAAAGCCAACAGCGAAGUGGACGACUGGACAGAGUGGCUCAACGACGAGGAGGAAAAAAGAGAAGAUUUCAAUCUUGAUUCAACAGCCAAGGAUGAAGCGCUGAAGAAAAAAAUUUUACAAAACAAUAGUAAACAGCAGGAAAAAAUCAUAACGUUGGAAAGCACCCCCCUAAAUUCUAUAAAGGAUUGUGAAACCUUGGGAGAAAUUUUGGCAACGAGAAUACAGGAAAGUAAAGCCAAAAGUGUAGCCAUAGAAAGGCUGCUCUCCAUUAUUCUUCCUGCGUGUGAAGCGAAAUUAGAGGAUAAGGAAAUGCAAAGCAUCAACAGGAAGAUGCAGGAACUUAUCGAAAAGAGGGAGAAGAAAAAAAGGUAUGCUCUCAUAAAUAAAAAAAAACCCAAUGAGGUAAAAAACGCUCUUAAGAAUUAUAAGGACGAGGUCGAUAUGAUUUAUGGAGACUUGUCCUACGAUGAGGAAGAUUACGAGAAUGAGGAAGCGGAAGAAUUCGCCGAGGAGUACUAG